AUGUCUUCAGGAUCUAUAUCUCUUGAUCCUGCUCCGGCCGCUGCCGCCCAUACACGUGCAGAACAACAACAACAGGCCAAGAUCAAGUUUUUCACGAACCAUGGAUGCGGCUGGUCCCACCGUGUCCAUAUUGUGCUGCGAGAGCUCGGGCUGGAGUACGAGGAAGUCCUGAUCAAUAUGGAUGAGCCGAGGCCGGAAUGGUUCCUGAAGCUGAACCCGCGCGGUCUUGUUCCUGUCCUCCAGUACACGCCUCAGCCAUCCUCUUCCGACUCUUUCACCGACACUCUCACCCUCACCGAAUCCGCCCAAAUCGUCUCCUUCUUUACAGAUCUCUAUCCGUCUCAUCUUCUACCCACCGUUCCCGAUCUUGGCUCAGGCUCUCCAGCUCAAUCUGUCCUCGCAGCAAGAGUCGAGGCAGCCCAUAUGCGCUACAAAAUGUCAUUCUUCGUCGACACCUACUUCACCAAGUUUAAUCCUCUCAUGUUUAAACUCGUGGGUGCGGACACGGGAAACCCACAGGACAAAAUCGUGGAAGAGAUUUGGCGACUUCUGGAAACGGAGAUUGAGAUAUUGCUUUCCGACGUGGCUGUGAAUGGACGGGGUCCGUAUUUCGGAGGAAGUGAUAACCUGACAAUUGUCGAGGCCAUGUCAGCCCCCUUCAUCCUCCGCCUGAUUGACUUCUCCAACGACAUCAUCUUUCCGGCUCGCCUCGCGACACAAAUCCUGGACAGCGACCCGGCAACGAGCAAAUGGCCAUGCUUCGCGAAAUGGGCGCAACUGUGUAUGCAGCAUCCCAGCGUCACCUAUACAUGGGACAAAGAGUACAUGGUGCCCAGGAUUGUGGAACGGUUGCCGGCUGCGAAAAGGAAGUAUGCUCCGUCGAGGGACUAA